CAUCCCCACGUCGAACUCAGUUGAAGCAGUGACUUGUGUGUAGCGGAAUAGUCCAAAAUCGAAACCCGGAAUUCGUAAGUUGGAAUAAGGAACGUUUCUCGUUGUCUUGUUGAGUUGUGAUUCUCAUUCGCUAUGCACACUCCCGAUGACCUUCGCAACCUUCCCAUCGACAUCACUUUUUCUCGUCUCGGAGAAUGGUUGAUCGAUCGCAAGAGAGUACCUGCGGAUUGGCGGAAGCGCGUGGCGGCGAUCAGAGCUCGAAUUUCCAAGGAAUUCUCAUUUCUUCCCAAAGAUUCUGAUCCCUUUUUUCAAACCCUAGAUCCCGAAGGGAUUGGUUAUUUGGAGGCCAAACAGAUAUAUGAUAUUCUCUUAAAGUCUAAUCCAGAAAGCAGGAACAUAUUUGGUCGGCUAUCAGGUGCUGCGGGUGCAUGGGAAGGGAUAGUGCGAUCUUUUGAGAAGGAUCAUGUUUUCCUUGGUGAGGCUGCACAGAUUAUGAUUCAAAAUGUGAACUAUGAAAUCCCUUAUCAGAGGAAACAGGUGCAGAAGAUUCAACAGCAGCUGUUAGAACUGGAUCGUAAGGAGGCUGAUAUAAAAAGAAGUGCUGCUCUCUCGGCAGUCAAAUAUGCCGAAGCUUGCCAGGAGCUUGGAUUACAGGGAAAAAAUGUCAGACUAGAACUUUUGGAGACAGCAAAAUCACUUCCAAGCACUUUUAGCAGGAUUUUGGAUGUUGUAAAUAGUGAAAACAUGUCACGGGCGAUUGAGUAUUAUUCCAAUUUUGUCAGAGAUGCUCACACUGAAAAUGAUAGAUCUUCCAGAGCUGUGCUACAAAACUUGGGGAAUAUGCGCGAAAACCCCCCAUCUUUAGAUGUUGCUGUUGGUUCUGAGAUUAUUAAUGAUGUUAGUGUUCACUCAGGCAACAAUGAAUUAUAUCCUGCAACAAGCAAUGUGGAAGUUGCUGCUCCUGACAUUGACUGGGAUAUUUCAAUGGAGAGUUCUCAAAUUGAUUGGGACAUUGGAACUGUAGAAGAAACAGAGGAUACAGGUAAUGGCUUGGGUCCUUAUGAAAUCAUUAAUGCCUCUGAUGUCAUACAGACUUCUUCAACAACUGAGGAUGUCGGAUCUGAUCCUCCAAUAUCAAACCAAGAACUUGGCUUGCAUGGAGAUAUAUCUUGGGAUGUUAGUGUGGAGACUCCUCAAGUUGACGUGAUUGAUGAUGUUAGUGCCCCAAAUGUAGUGCUGGAUAAUCAGACUUCUCUUCCAGAUGCCUUAUCUCAACUAACACAAAACAAGGAAGAAAGGAGCCAACUUUUAGAUACAGAGUACAGAAAUAAAAUUCUUGAUGAUCUAUAUGAGCUGAAAUCUUUUUUAAACCAACGGUUGAUUGAGUUGAGGAAUGAGGAAACUUUGUCCCUACAGCAUCAAGUCCAGGCAGUUGCUCCAUUUGUACUACAGCAGUAUGGUGCUGAUGCUAUAGAAACAAUGCAAAGUGAUGUUUCUUUGGCAAUUUCAUUGCUGACAAAUCAUAAGACAAGGGAUCUGAUAAUGAUUCUCAACUCUAAAAGGUUUCUAGACAGACUAGUCAAUUCAUUGGAGGAAAAGAAGCAUCAUGAAGUCAGGUUGAAAGAGGGGUUGAAGGACUUGGCUACUAAACGCAUGGAACUGCAUAAUUCUUUAUCUUCAUCAUGGCCAAAGCAAGAUGCGGCUCUGGCAAAAACAAAGGAGCUGAAAAAACUGUGUGAGGGUACACUUUCAUCCAUGUUUGAUGGAAGACCAGUUAAUAUAAUCGGGGAGAUCAACACUCUUUUGACUAGUGGUCUUGGAGCAUGAAGAAAAGUAGCUUCUGAUGAUAAUGAUGAAGUCUUUAGGUGGAUAAUGGCUAUAGCCAAAAUAACUGAAGAAUUAGGUGUUUUAUGGGGUAGGGCUUUCCCUUUUCUUUUGUUCUUAUUUGUUACGUUACCUGUUCAUUUUUUUGACAAAAAAGGACAGAACUUAGACAAUGGCGUAUCCAUCCUGAUAAUUCUUAUUGAUAUGUUAUGAAUGAAGUGACUUUUGGU